CAAAAGGAAUUACAAAGCUAUGAUGGAAGAGCAGCGUGACUCCUGAGGGCAAAACGGAGCAAGACAUUCUAGAACGGAAUUAUGGAGGCACACCAGGCUGAACGCCUCCUCUGUCCCUUAUGGAAUCGGAUGCAAAAGCACCGCAGGCUGGAAAGCCUCAAGACCUCUGACUCAGCCGUGAGAUUCCAGCACAGGCUGCAAAGGGAGGCAAUUCCUCCUGCUGUACCUCAACCAACCAGACUGCCUGCAUACCUCAACCGCAAGUGCUUUGCUCGGCUGAGCUCUGGUGCCACAGCAGAUCCAAAGGAAAAGGAAGGCAGGAUUCAGCAUCGAUGUGCCUCCCAUGCUGAGCUGACCAGGAGGAUGGGGCAGGUUGCCUGGAAGGCUCUGUGCCUCUCGCUGUUUGAUUACAAAACGGAGAAAUAUGUCAUCGCAAAGAACAAGAAAGUGGGGAUCCUUUACCGGGUGGUCCAGCUGUCCAUCAUGGCCUACAUCUUGGGGUGGGUCUUUGUGGUCAAGAAGGGUUACCAAGAUGCAGACACUUCCAUCCAGAGUUCCGUCAUCACCAAGGUGAAAGGCGUGGCUUUCAGCAACACCUCGGAGCUGGGCGAGAGGCUGUGGGACGUCGCAGACUACGUCGUUCCCCCGCAGGGUGAAAGCGUCUUCUUCGUGAUGACCAACUUGAUUGUCACCCCAAACCAGCGCCAAGACACCUGUGCUGAGAGCCCUGGCAUUCCAGACGCCCUGUGUUACUGCAACAAUGACUGCCCUCCCGGAGAAGCCGUGGUGGCUGGCAACGGGGUCAAGACGGGCCGCUGUUUGAAACUUGGGAACAGUAUAAGUGGGACGUGCGAAAUCCUAGCUUGGUGUCCAGUGGAGAAGAAAGGCAGACCCAAGAAACCUCUUCUGGCAAAUGCUGAGAACUUCACUGUUUACAUCAAGAACUCCAUCCGCUUCCCCAGAUUUAAAUUCUCCAAAACCAACGUUCUCGACACCACAGACGACGCCUACCUGAAGAUGUGCCGUUAUGGACCGGACCAGCCGUAUUGCCCCAUAUUCCCUCUGGGGAACCUCGUCAGGUGGGCCGGGAGCGACUUUCUGGAAAUGGCCUCAGAGGGUGGUGUGAUAGGAAUUCAGAUUGAAUGGGACUGUGACCUUGAUAAACCUCCCUCUGAAUGCAACCCUCACUAUUCUUUUAGCCGGCUGGACAACAAGUUUACAGAGAAAUCCGUCUUGUCUGGAUACAACUUCAGAUUUGCCAAGUAUUACCGGGACGCGGCUGACGUUGAUUUCCGCGUGCUGAUCAAGGCCUACGGGAUCCGCUUUGACGUCAUGGUGAAUGGCAAGGCGGGGAAAUUUAACAUCAUCCCGACGAUAAUCAACGUGGGAUCAGGCGUCGCACUGAUGGGCGCGGGUGCUUUCUUCUGUGAUCUGGUGCUGCUCUACCUCAUCAAAAAGAGCAAUUUUUACAGAGGAAAAAAAUAUGAAGAAGUGAGAUCGAGCGUUAGGAAACCUUUACCGGAAACGACGGUCAACGGGAACCAGAGUUCUGACUCUCUCUCCAGGCCGGAUCAGCUGAGGCAACUGCAGACGGUUGAGACUUAACAUCAAAGCUGCUGAUUGGCAACCCCAUUCCGCUAAGACUAAUAGGUGGGGGAAACAAAGCAAUCCAUGAAGCCAGAGCUAUCAUUUAUCUCAUGGACAGGUGGCAGAGAGCAGGAGAAAGUGGUUAACCCCUAGCCCUUUCAGGCUCCUCAAAGCCUUACUUUCUGGAGAAGUUCUGCCAUACCCUGCGUCAUCUACGUCAAUCGAUGCAGGAUUUUACAUUUUUAAAACAACAACAACUAAAAACCAAAGGCAAAACAAUGUACAUAUAUAUUUGCGAGAUGGAGAUAAUAGAAUUAAGUUUAUUUCUGUGUAGCAAAUGGGCAGCCAUCUUGAAUAUAGCUGGGCCCAUCCAUCUUGGCCUGACAGUUGGGCAGCCAUCUUGAAUAUGGCAGGAUCAAUCUGUCUCAGUCUGCCAAGAGGGUUAUUAUUUCCAGGCUCAGCUAGUCUUUGUCUCCAUAGGUGAAAUAAUCAGGACGUAUCCUUCAGCGCUCCUGACAGACAGCUUAUGUAAUUAUUCCUGGAGGAAGGUGACUGGUUAGCAAGAUGUCAACCACCUGUUUUUCAUUCCACGAAGUCUUCUGCAUUCCAUCCUGCAAACAUGAUAAGCCUGUUUUAAGGUGAACAGUUCCAAACAAACUCUUGUAGUCAGUCAUUUCCUCUGUGUGUUGUGUUUUGGGGAGGGGCGCACAUCGCAUUAAACCAACAAAGCCUUCUCAUCUUCAUGAUAAGGAAAUCCUUCUGCCUGACAAAGGUUGGCUGUGCAUGUGCCAGAGACUUCCUGCGUCUUGUCAGGGAGAGACUGGACCCUCGCUCUUCGCAAAGGAACAUUUCAUGAACUUUUAUAGGUCUUAAAAAUGUUUCACAACUUUGCCUGUGCAGAUGGCAAGACGACAAGAAUUAGGUUGCUUCCAGAUGACUUGUUUGCUGAGCGAUUGUCUUGAUUUCUUUGCAAAAUCUUUGUGGGGAGGUGAGAUGAAACUGGAUCUUUGUUGAGCAUUCAUUCUGAUUUCUUUGCGCGGAGGUGAGACGAUGCUGUAGCAAGCAAAUGCUCUCCAGUGCAUUUUCCUGUAUUGCAAAACGUCCGAUUUUUAGGGUUUUGUUGCUCAACAGCAGAUCAACGAUAAAUUGCACAACAAUUUGUUGGCAUGUGACUGAAUGCGAGCUGAAAACAGCAACAGUCUGGAAGCACCCUUCAAUAAGGAAGAUAUGUCUAGGACUAUGUCAGUCUCACUCCUGGCUGUGGGAUCUCCAGAAAUCUCCCUCCGCAGAAAGAAAGGGUUUGGUUAAUGAUAGCAGGUGCUCUAGGAUUGGUGCCAGUGGGGCAAUGCGCCAUCAUUUGACGAGUGUGGAAAAUCAUGGGCCGCUCAGUUUAACCCAUAGGAAUGUGAGGAGUCAGGAGGCAGCGCUAGGAUUUAUGAAAGCCAAUGGGAAUAGACUAUCAUGCUGAGGACUGAGUCACGCAAACCUACCCGACAGUUAGAGUGAGCUGGUUCUGUGGCAUUUCAAGAGAGCACUAUGCGCUCUUUGUUCCAAGAUACGUGCCAUCCUCGUGUUUUGCAAGAGAUGAGCAACUGUUUUCACUUCUAGAUCUUUGAGAAUUUCCCCCACCUUUCCUUUCUUUACGGAUCUUUUGUUUUUGUUGUUAGGACAACAAACUCUGGACUUUCCUUGGGGUCAAGUCACAUACUGUUUCAGUAACAGAAGCAGAAAACGGUUUAUCUGCUUUUUUUUCUGAAUGAUUGGCAAACUGCCUGCUGCUAUAAUGCUAUAAGAGUUCUCGAAGUGGUGCCUGUGGGCACCAUCAGACACCCUAGGGGCUCUGCCAAGCCCCCUCCUCAUUUUUUAUGUUAAAAAAAGAUGAAUUUUUUGGCCUUUUAUUUGGAGCGGAUGCCUAUUUGGGAGGGGCGAAGAGUUGCCUGCUUGUUUUUGUUUCUGCGUUUUUUUGGGGGGGGUGUAUAGUCAUUUUGCAGGGAGGGUCUGAGAUUUGUCGGUUUUUCCUUUUGUGAAAUGGGUAUUUUCUUAGCAUUCCAGAUGCAUCCCUGGGCCCAUAAAAGAUAGCGGACUUUUGCUGUAAUGAGUAGAGUGUACAUAAAAUGGGGGGGGGGAGAGAGAAGAGAGUGUUUUAAAAAGCAAUGCUUGUUUCUCUCUCAUUGAUCAGUAUUAAUCUUUGAUAACUAUGAACAAAAUGUACCCGUGUACCAUAACAAGGAUGCUUUUAGGACGUUUAAAUGGGCAGAAAUAUUUUAUGCAGGGCCGUGCCAAAUAUUUUCCUCUGCCUGCUGCUUCCUCUUCAUGAAUUAGACAUUUGGGCAAUCCUAACCAAUCAGGGAGCACAUAGCGAACAAGCUGACAUCUUGAUGCUGUGUCUGAUGUGAUUAUGUCACUGGACAUCAGUAAAUAACAUACUAACUUAGGGGUGGCUGACCCCCAGCCUGGAGGCCUAAUCUACCCAUUCCAGGUGAUUUUUGGUGGCCUCCCAAGACCCCAGUUUUGUCAGCUACAGCAAUAAAGGAGACAUGCUGCUGGGUCGGGCAGUUUAAAAACCUCUCCACCCAGCCCAGUGUCUUGAUGAGAGUGCAAAUUGCCACUUCCCCAGUCAUCAGACUGAUAAUUUUAUGAGAAGGAAGUGACAGCCCUUUUCCUCAGCUGACCUCCACUGAUCUGUGGUGUGUGUGUGUGUGUGUUCAUGGGAGUGCGGGCUUGCCACACCCACUUGUGUUCACACUGACUGUUGGCAUGGGCCCCCCCCAAAGGGUUGGGCAAAGGGGAAUGCAGCCCUUGGGCCCGAAAGAGUUAGCCCAUGUCCCAACCAAUCAGAUUUUGCUAAGUGAUGCCAUCGCUCAAGACAAAGGCAAUUUAAAAUAAAUGAGCCCCUUUUCUCAAGGAGUGCCCCACGUGGCUGAAGUCCACAAAACCAUGGAGCAAUUUUGGCUCAGCUCUCAGUGUCAUGUGCCAUUGCUAGUUGCUGCUCAUUUAAUGUGUAGGAUGUAAACAAGCAGACCAAGAACAAACAGCAAUAUAGAGCUUUACAUCUUAAGACAUUAUAAGAACAGGGCCUGUGAGCCUGUUAUUUAUUUGUGUAAUUUAUUUAUUAUUAAAUUUAUAUCCCACCCUUUCUCCCAAAGGAGCCGAGGGCAAUGCAAACUGUGUAUGUAUGUAUGGCCAGAUUAGGUUUGCAUGUUCUUAAGGAAGAGCCUGGGCUGUAGCUGCUGUUGUCAUUUGCAGAUUUAAUUAAGAAAACUUAAUUAUGCACCCAGGUGACUAACUGGCCAAAAACGUCAAGUUGCUCUAGGGCAGGCAUGGGGAACCUUUGGCCCUCCAGAUGUUGCGGAACUACAACUCCCAGCUGCC